GCCGGGCUGAGCGCGGAGUCGCCUCCAGCGGGAAGCGCACUUCCGUUAUCUGCGCUCCCGCGCCCCCUCCUCAGCUCGCUCUCUCUGGAUGUUUAAGGCGAGGAUGAACAAACAGGUCCAGCCCGAGCGCAAAGUGUCGGUGGUGGCCCCCUUGCCGGACCGCGCGGGGCCGCCGCCGCCGCCCAAGAAGGACGUGGAGCUGCUCCUGGUGAAGGAGCACAACGGGGUGCAGUACACCAGCAGCAGCCUCCUGCCCGCCGCCCCCGCGCCGCGCUACGGCACCCAGGACAGGGAGACCUGGGGCAAGAAGAUCGACUUCCUCCUCUCCGUCAUCGGCUUCGCCGUGGACCUGGCCAACGUCUGGCGAUUUCCAUACCUCUGCUACAAAAAUGGAGGGGGUGCUUUUCUUAUUCCCUACAUCCUCUUCUUAAUCAUUGCUGGAAUGCCCCUGUUCUACAUGGAAUUAGCACUGGGACAAUACAACAGAGAAGGGGCUGCCACUGUUUGGAAAAUCUGUCCAGUUUUCAAAGGUGUAGGCUAUGCAGUGAUACUCAUAGCUCUUUACGUGGGUUUCUACUACAACGUUAUCAUAGCUUGGUCUCUGUAUUAUCUAUUUUCAUCAUUCACAUUUGAGCUCCCCUGGACAAACUGCCACAACAGCUGGAACAGCCCAAACUGUACAGAUCCAAAACUCUUCAAUGCAUCAGUGCUUGGCAAUGGUACUAAAUACUCCAAGUACAAGCUCACUCCUGCAGCUGAAUUUUAUGAGAGAGGAGUUCUGCACCUGCACGAGAGCCGUGGAAUCCACGACCUUGGCUUGCCUCGCUGGCAGCUCUCCCUCUGCCUCUUGGUGGUGGUAAUCAUUCUUUUCUUUAGUCUCUGGAAAGGAGUGAAGACUUCAGGAAAGGUUGUUUGGAUAACUGCCACGUUGCCUUAUGUUGUAUUAUUUGUCUUAUUAAUACAUGGAAUAACCCUGCCUGGUGCAUACAAUGGAAUAAAUGCAUACCUGCAUAUAGAUUUCAGAAGAUUAAAAGAAGCCACAGUAUGGAUUGAUGCAGCCACUCAGAUAUUUUACUCCUUAGGAGCCGGGUUUGGUGUUUUAAUUGCAUUUGCCAGUUACAACAAGUUUGACAACAACUGCUACAGGGAUGCUUUGCUGACUAGCACCAUUAACUGUGUCACAAGCUUCAUCUCAGGAUUUGCCAUUUUCUCCAUAUUGGGCUACAUGGCUCAUGAGCACAAAGUUAAAAUUGAGGAUGUAGCUACAGAAGGAGCUGGUUUAGUUUUCAUCCUGUACCCAGAGGCAAUUUCAACUCUUUCAGGAUCUACAUUUUGGGCUGUGGUGUUCUUCAUCAUGCUCCUCACACUUGGCAUCGACAGUUCUAUGGGUGGGAUGGAGGCUGUCAUCACUGGCCUGGCAGAUGAUUUCCACCUGCUGAAGCAGCACAGAAAGCUCUUCACCUUUGGUGUUUCUUUUGGCACUUUCCUACUUGCUCUUUUUUGCAUUACCAAUGGUGGAAUUUAUGUGCUCACACUUCUGGACACAUUUGCAGCUGGCACUUCAAUAUUGUUUGCUGUUCUGAUGGAGGCAAUUGGAGUGUCCUGGUUUUAUGGUGUGGACAGGUUCAGUGAAGACAUCCAACAAAUGAUGGGCUUCAAACCAGGCCUCUACUGGAGACUCUGCUGGAAGUUUGUCAGUCCUGCUUUUUUAUUGUUUGUUGUGAUAGUCAGCAUAAUAAAUUUCAAACCUCUGACCUAUGAUGACUACACCUUCCCUCUGUGGGCGAACCGCAUUGGCUGGGGCAUAGCGCUGUCCUCCAUGAUCCUCGUGCCUGCCUACAUCAUCUAUAAAUUCAUGAACCUGCGUGGGACCUUUAAAGAAAGACUAGCUUACUGCAUCACACCUGAAAAUGAGCACCAACUCGUGGCCCAAGGAAAUAUCAGGCAGUUUAAGCUCCAACACUGGCUAACAAUAUGACAACCAACAGACCAAGGAAAAAGCCCACGUUCAGCUAAACUGGGAAUACAGGAAAGUCAAGUUCAAAGAUCCCUCACUUAUGCUUGGACCAGGCUGGCCCAGAGCUUAUCCACUGACUCUGUGAGGGAAGACAUCUGCUCUCUGUUGUCAAUGCCUCCCUUCUAUUACUUGGCUUCAAAUGAUCUUUAAAAACUCCAUUUAAGUUUUCUCACAUCCUUUGCUGCCAUGAGAUCCCUACAUGACCAAAACUUGUGAGUUUUGCUAUAGGCAGAAGUGGAGGAGGGGGAGCAGAGGAAAAGAACAAUCAGCAUCAGUUAAGUGCUUUUUUUAUUGUGAAGAAGUGAAUUAAACUUUUCUGACAGUAAUAACUUCUUCAGAUAAUCAUGCCACAACCUAUUUUAAACCAACAACACCUGAGCACUCUUAGCUCUAAGGAAAGAGUACACCUCAGUUAGGACAAAAGAGCAAUUUUAACUAUGUCCUCAUGUCAUUAGCUUUCUUGCCAUACUGUCCUUUGGGAUGUGAGUUUGCAUCCUUCUGAAGGGAAGAUUCAGUGCUUCAUUUUCAGUGGUUUGUUACUGGUUCCUUCUCUUGGUGAAGAACAUUCUCUUUGCUGUACAUGUCCAUGCCAUUUUCUGACCAGUUCAAUUACACUGAAGCUGAAGAGCAGCAGGAAGAGAAUUCCUGUUACAGUUAGUAGUGCAGAACACAGCACUUAAAAACACAGUGUACUUCAUGAAAGAGAUAUUCCCUUAUAUCAACAGUUGGAAUGGCUUUAUCAUGUACACUCUGCAGACUUUUCCAGCUAAGCAUGAAAGUUACAUCCAAACAGACUUUCAUCUUUUUGUUGUAUUUUGUUCCAAAUAAAGAAUGUAAAAUACAUAAGAAGGGACAAUUUUAACAUUAUAUCAUUACCAAGUGGCACAAAAAACCAAUCUGGCUUUAUUCCCCUGCUGUGAACAUAUUAUAAUUUAACCAGGAUUCACCAUCCAAAACACAGUAAGAAUUUUUUUAACUAAUUUAAAAGUAUGUUUAGCUCUCUAAACCUAUUCCAGCUCUGUUCUCUAGUAGUAUUAUGCAAAGUAGAAGAUACAGAACAAACUCUGCAUUUGGGUGCUGUUCUUAUUCUGUGGUCACUUGUCACUGUAGUACCUUUCAAGUGAUCACUACAUUCAGUAGCUUUGAGUUAGUUCUUGUGAUUAUUUAUCACUAGGUCUACAGUAACUUGCAGAGGCAGUAGCUUCUCUGCUGGAUCCAACCCAGAGUUACCUCUGGACAUUACCUCUGAUUUUUUUGUCUCUAUACAUUCAGCUGAGCUUGUCUUUUAAAUGUAUGUAAUGCUUCCUCUUUUUUUAAAAAAGACCUUUUAAAUAGAUGGGCUUUUUUUUAUUUAUAAAACAUUUUUUUUUAGUUGUUUUCUUUUUUAAAAUUGCCAAGUUCUAAAGUGCCAAGUGCUUUUGGGCUUUUUCCAUUUAACAUUGAUUUCUGUUCAAAAUAAUGAAAGGGAAAUUUCUCUCCUUAUUCAUUCUCUUCCUCCAGCAUAUUCAAUUCUUCAGAAUGAAUCAAGUGUUGUCCUUCUCUUGAAGGGUCUCUGUGACAAACAGUUUUAUUUAAAUAGGGAUUUAAACCCAAAGAAUACUUUCUUCUAAUUAUAAAGGAAGUCUUAUUUUCUGGCCUAGCUGAUGGCCAAUAGCUGCUUAAACUCUGUUAUUAAAUAUAUUUCAAUAAUAAAGGAAUUCCAAAUGUUGCAGUUCUAGUGCUGUAAUUACACAAGAGGCUAAACAGUGAAAACAUGUUAAAGGCUUCAAAAAAGUAAUCCCACCAACUUCUCCGUUAAUCUCAUUUUUAUUGUUUGCCAAACUUCAUGAGAAUCCAUUGUUUUAAAGCCUAUUUUUCAACAAUACAGCUUCUUCAGUCACUGUCUUGGCAUGGCUCAAAAGCUUCUCAGCAUAGAUGUAAUUAUCAAGUUUAGAAGCUUCUAGGGGCUGUUUUCCGUGGAGCUUUAAUAGGUUGUCACUUUACACAUUGUUUGGUUGGUUCAUGAUUGGAAAUGCUAAGAACCUCCACUGAUGUUCAGUUGUGACACAGUCCAUCAGCACCAUCCCAUGCAGGAAAAGUUACUCUUGCUCACCACUCUGCUCUGACACAGGAGCAAAGCUUCCAUACAUGGGAAUAAAUGAGCUUCAGCCAGUGGUUUUGGGUUUGAUUGUGUUUCUAGUACUGACUCCCAAGGCAAUUACCUACUGCAUUAUUUUUAUUUCUGUUACUGUGUAACUUCUUUGGUUUAAUGUAGUAUUUAUAGCUCAGGACUACAUUGCACUAUUGCCACCUUUUUCUGAGGUUUUCUAGGUAAAGAACUUGCAAUCUAUACAGAAGUCAAAAGUCUUACCAAAUUAAGUAGAGAUCUUACUACCAGAAUUAACCUGAAUGGAAAAGAAAUACACAGUGCAUGACUGCAUAGGUAGACUUUAAAUUCAAGGUGUUGCCCAAAGAAAGUCUCCCCCCAAAUAAUGACUUCUGUCCUAGAGACAAAUGUCUUCAAUUCUCCACAGACUAAGAUGAUGAACUACCUCAUGCCUCUUGGAUGAUGAAUGAUGCCAUUAGACACAAACUAGCAUCUAUAGAGAUGACAAACACUUCUGUGAAGACCAGGUUAUGUUCAUUUCCUCCACUCAGUGGUGUGGCACAGACAGUCCAAUAAGAAGCCAUAGCAUGGGCACCCACCUCCUCUUAUCCCCCUGCUUUGGGCCCCCAGGUACAUUUUCAAUAUGGAAAAUAUCAAAUGCCACAAAGAUACUCAUCUCCCUUCAGUUAAAACAUUUGUAGUUAAAAAACAAGACCAAAGCCUCCAGUCAUGUCUUUAUCAUCCAUGUCACUUAAUUGCCAGUCUUCCCCUAACUCUGUUGACUGCUCAGCCCAGCAGCUCACCCUUUCCCUCAGCUGCACCUGUUUCAAGAGCAGACCCUCUCUGAGGAAUGCCACUCUCCCAGAUGUCCCCAUGGAAUUGUGUGUACAUUCUGAGUAGGCAGCCCACUUUUUAAAUAAGAAAAAUGUUGGUAUAAGUAGCAGAAUCAUGUGCUUGCUACUUAUGUUGGCUGUUUGGGUAACAAGCCUGUGGGAAGAAUUCAGUGAGGCACUUAAAGAGCUCAUUUGACAGUUCUAGAAAAUAUUUCCUCUAAAGCCUUUUCUUAAUCUGAAAAAGGAAGCAGCUGUCAUAUCAGUAUCUCUCUUCUGAACUUUUAUUUGACCAGUGAAAAAGACCUGCCUGUGAUCCAUAAUGUUUCACCAAUUCACAGAAAAUUAGUUAGCACCAAGCAAAGAGAUCCUCCAUUCUCUCUUUGUACCUUCCCUGCCAUCAUUCAGCCAGAUAAUUCUUCACAUCCUUGGAACUACUCUAAAGCUACAUUACUAAAAGUCCACAAAUUUAAAUUUCUGGAAGAAACAGUGAGCCUUUCAAGGCAAUAAUCCAAAAAGCACAAGUACAAUUUAUUAUUGGGCCCUGUUUGACCAAUAUCUUUUUUUAUCAGUCCUUCUUGUGUUCAGUCAUGACCUGAGACACACCCUGGCAACACUUGAAAGACAUUUUACCAUACUGAGGGAUCCUGCAGGAUAUCCAGGAUCAAACAUGAUAUUUUAAAUUUAGAAUGCAGGAGAAUUACUUGGCUGUUACUGCUGUGUAUGUUCCCUGACUGCACGUGCAAUGUGUGUUGUAUGUACUUUUCCCAGAGGAAAUUUCCUGUACUUGGUCAUUUCUUCUCACAAAACACCAUUUAAGUGUUCUUAUUGAAAAGGGGCAAGCCCAAACAUUGUGUAUAUACAUUUAUUUCUCAUGCUAUUGUUUUGACAUGAAUUGAGUUUAUUUUUUACUAUUAGGUUGUAGGAGGCCACAUCAAAGUUAUUUUGCUGUUAAUGUCUCUUUUGCAGUUCUUUCAAUUCAUUCAGCAUUAAUUAGCAGCUACUUGCUUUUAUGGGAGUAGAUAGCUUUCAUUCAUAUUCUGGACUGCUUCACUAAAUUUCAUGAGGAAUUGGCAAAUGUUUAAGAACUUCCUUCCUAAGCACCAAAUUAAAACUGUAGUUCAACAAUUUCAAAAGAGGUGAGACUUAAGAAUAUUUUAUUUGUAGUUAAAAUGUUAAAACAUUUUAAAAUAAGCCUGAAGGACCCAGACAUUAGAAAGCUAUUACGGUUCAACAAAUGACAAUAUAUAGCCCUACCUGCAGAAAUUGUGUGAACUCUGAGCCUCUUGGAGCAGUAAACUAGGACCUUUUUGUUCUAACACCCUUUAUUUUCUCAAUACUAGGAGUAUUUGUGGUCCACAGAUCACCUCAUGUAAGAAUCCAAUUUUCUUAAUGUGAAGGCUAACAUGAUGUUUCAGAUUAGACCCCUGAACCACUUGGGGGACUUUCUCAGCUACUUGCCUCUGAUUCAUAACCAGGUCCCUGUUGUUGAUUGUGGGCUUACCUAGCUCAUCAGUGGAAAGUGAUUAAUUUGUACAGUGGUACUGGUCAAACUUGGACCAAAUUUAGGUGCAUCUAAACUCAUCAGAGACCACUACAGAGAGCUACAUGGGCAAUAAAAACAUUAAAUCAGUAAAAACAUAACAGGGUAAUACAGUCACUCUUAAGUACAGCACUUGAUUGGUUUCCAUCACCCUCAAAAACCAGAAAGUGCUUAGACAGAAAGCAGUCACUGUGUGCCUGAGGAGCAGAAGCAGCCAAGGAACUGAAGGCCCCAGAAGAAUAUAAAUGACACAGAUAUGACUGUGCUCAGUGCAAUUGUGCUCUUAGAAGGACAUGGAGGUCUCUAGGUCUGAGUGGCUGGGAAGAGCAGGGGAUAAAUGGAGAGGUUUAACCCUUGUGUACAUUAACCAUGACUGCAGUAAUUCCCAUAAGAACAGGGGGCCUUUCCUGCCCAACCACUCACAGCAAGAUUGAGUCACCUGUGUCCUUUACUUUCCUCCUUCAAGGUGUUUCUUUAGCUGCUGUACUAAACAUGAGUUGCCUAAUUUCAUUAUAAGGAAACAGAAUAAAUUCAGUGAAUUAAGAGAAUUACUAAGCCUUAAGCUGGUUUUCUUUUCAAGGUGUCAUGUUGUUUCUUGGUCAGUGCCAAGAGGCAUUAAGCUUGAAGGUGACUUGCAUUUGUAAUUUACCUUGCACUCUCUGUGAACCUUUCUGCAAGACUUAGCUCUUCUUUGCUAUGGGCAAUAUCAGUUACAAAGGGAAAACCUCCAAACAAUACAUUUUGAAAAUAAAUCCUAAUAGGUCUAAUGAUGACUUGCCUUACAAAUAAAAGCUUUACAGUGAGCAUUUACUUGGUUUACACCAGUGUUUAACUUAAUUUUUAAUGCCUUUUUAUAGCAGUGACUAGAAUUUAACUUAGAUAAGGGUACCUCUGUAUAGGAAAUAUUUUAAUAUUUUUACCAGUUUUUUUAGUUUUCAUAGAAUAUAUGUAUAUUGUAAGGCGAGAAAUUCAACUUUGAUGUAACAAGGUUAUCACACAAGACCUUUCUCUUCAUUAUUAGAUUUUGUAGUCAGCCAGUCUAGUUCAAUAAUAUGUUGGCCUUUAAUUAUAAAUGUAAAAAUGUGAUACAGGAGAAUAGAACAUUACCUACAGCUGAUGCACAUUGUAGCACAAUAUUCUCUAUUGCUGCCUUAAUCUCAUGGAAUGAAGUCAUGUGUUUUUAAUUUAUAUUCUAAAAGAAAACCAAAAAAUCCAGAGCAUCUUUUGGCUGCAAUUUUGUGUUGUUAGAUGAUUUAACAUGGAACCAAAUGUGUUAGUGUCCAGUAGAUCUACUUCCAAAGCAAGAGAACACUUUGUAGUUUUCAGGAAUUAGUCUUCAUAGGAGCUCAAAACUUGCCACUAGUAAAAAAUACUCUCCAAAGUGCCCCAGUGACCAGAAGUGUCCAAACACAACCACUAUGUUUCCAUGCCUGAUUCCAUUAAUUGUGCAAUCUGCAGGUGAAUUUUGCCCUUUUUUAAAGUCUUUGGUUAUCUGGGGGAAAUGGCAUUUCAAUUUUUUUUCAUUAAUAUUUGGUUUUUUCCAAAGGGAGACACCUACAUGCCCAUGUGUAUAACUUAGAAACAACUCCAUUUCUUAUAAAUAUGGAUAUGGAUGUGUGUGAUGUGUGCUGGUUAACUAUACUUAAAAUGCUGAUAAAGAUGGUGAAUGUAAAGUAUUUGUCCUCAUACCUCUGUCUUUCUGUGAUCAGUGUAAAUAAGAACUGUUUUAAGCUGUGCAUUAAUGUAACAGAUUAUCCCAAUAUUGUGUAUAAAAUUAUUUAAAUAAAAUCUGACAAAUAUGCACAUAGAGUAUAAAGAAAAAGAUUAUGUACCAAGAAUUUACUUCUGUCAAUUAAAAGCUGAAAUGGAA